AUGGAACUAGUUCGCUGCAUCGUUGCUGCGUUCAUUGUUUACCUCGAACUUCUGACGUUGGCAUAUCCGAUUUGUGGAGACGGUCUCACUCUGGAGGAGGAAUUACAAGAAUUAACUGAGAAUUACUUUCAAUUCAGGGAAACUCUACUGGCAAAAAAUGUUCAGUUAGAGGAAACAGUCAGAAAACUAGAGGACCAGCUGCAACAAAACGAAAUAAAAAAAAAAUUGGAAUCACAAAUGAGCUAUGUGGAAUUCAAAUUACAGCAACAGGAGCUACGUUUAGCUACCCUAAACCCAUCGAUGUUGACAACUGUUUCAAAUUCCGAUACGCAGCCGGUGGGUGUCCUAAAUGAAAUGGCAACGUCAUACGAGGAUCCACGUCAGCCUGGAAAUAUUUCGAGCGAAUUCUAUUUGUUGCUAAGAAAUGCAACAGUGGGAAACGUCUACUGCAGCCUUACAAGAGUUCCUGACAGUUCAGGAUUCCGGCAGGCCAGUGAAUAUGGUAAUCUGACGUCAUGGCCCGUCUAUUUUUACGUACAAAAAAACAACCUCUUCAGCAAGGAGUCCACUCCUAUUCCAUUUGUUAUUGAAAGAAUCAAUGUCGGAAAAGCGAUGGACGAAUGGUCUGGAAAAUUCACGACACCGCAAACGGGAACGUAUUCUUUCAUCUUCAGUGGAUUGGCCAAGGUUUCAACAUCCUCUUCUCCACUUCGUUUGGGGCUGAAUCUUCAGUUGAAUGGCUCGGAAAUGACAGCAGGACGAGUCGAAGUGGUAGACUAUGUCGUCGUCAGUGAUAAGCUUAUCUCUUUGACCCUCCAAGCAACAUUAAAACUUGAAUCGGGAGAUCGAGUGUGGCUUGAAAUCUUCUCUCUGUCAACAGGAGUGGCUCUGUAUAACGACGGUGCCCAUUUUACCUGCUUCAAUGGUUCGCUAUUGGAGUAG